AUGUGGUUCUCCCCAAGAGCAGAGAACCAGAGCUCAGUGGGGGAGAGGGAAUUAGAGAAGUCACCUCCACGGAAAGGGCCUGUCACAUUUCUGCAGCUCCUGCAGGCAUCUACCCCCACCAGGCUCUCAUUUGCCUCCAGGCUUUCCAAGGUUCUGGCCACCGCCCGCCCCGCGCGGUUCCGGGAAGCCGCCGCCGCCCGUUGCCCUUCGCGCGCAGCCGCCAGCGCGCGCCUCGUGUCCCACCACGCAGAUGGCCGGCCCGAGCCCCCAACGCCCGCGAGCAGUUUCGAGCCCCCAGCGCCCGCGAGCGUUAGCUCGUCCCCGGGACGCUUGGAGACCGAAAAGCCGCAACGAAAGGCGCCCCGCGGGCAAUGGCCGAGCUCGGCUCUCCUUCCACCCUCCCGCCGGGACACACGCGGAGCCGAGCGGGGGUCCCAGGCGCCUAGUGGGAGGGGUUCCCGCGCCCAGGGCGGCCUGGCGGGGAGGACGAGUCGGGUGCCCUGCGCCUCAAAACCCUGGUCCACGAUUCUGCGGUUGGGGGAGCUGGGCAGCCGGCGCAGCAGAAGCCGGGCCCCGUCCACAAGUUUCCUACGAGCAGGGCGGAAUCGACGAAAAUACUUCAUACAAACAAGCAACAGGAAAAAACAAAAAAGGAAAACUAACCUGAAGAGCACGCACGAGUCAGAUUUUCACCCCAAAUACAAACACGAUACCUCUAGAAGCAGGAGACCAAUACAGGGACCGCGCUCCGAGGACACGCGGCGCCGCGGAGGAAGAAAAAGGGCCCAGGGCCGAGAGCGAAGGCUCCGGGAACCGGGCGUGGGAGGAGGGCGGAGCCAACUCCCCACAAGGAAGUCUUGUGCAACUCUCAGGCGCCUGCAGCCACGUGAGCGCGCGGCUUUCAUUUUACUCAGGUCUCAACUGCUUCUUACCAAUGUUAAUUCCACUGACUACUAUCAGAAUCUGAUGAGCAAUCCACUCAUCAGAGAAGCUGUUUCUACACUCUCUGAAUGACCAUUUUAUAGAUGCUGGGAAAAAAUUGUAUUAAAGACUGUGAGUUAGCUGGGCUUGGUGGCUCAUGCCUGUAAUCCCAGCACUUUGUGAAGCCAAGGCGGGAGCAUCGAUUGAGCCUAGCAGUUCAAGACCAGCCUUGGCAGCAUAGCGAGACCCUGUCUCUACAAAAAAUUUUAAAAUUAGCCAGGUGUGGUGGUGUGCACCUAUAGUCUUAGCUACUUGGGAAGCUGAGGUGGAAGGAUUACUUCAGCCUAGGAGGUUGAGGUUGCAGUGAGCUGGAAUCAAACCACUGCCCUUCAGCCUGGGUGACAGAAGAGGACCCUGUCUCUUAAAAAAAAAAAAAAAGUCGUGGACUUUGUUAUCCUUAUGCAUAUGACUCAUCAAUAUAUCUGUACUUCCAUAUAGAAAGAACACUUAGACUGGGCGCAGUGACUGAUGCCUGUAAUCCCAGCAUUUUGGGAGGCCAAGCCUGGCAGAUCACUUGAGGCCAGGAGUUCAAGACCAGCCUGGCCAACAUGGCGAAACCCUGUCUCUACUAAAAAAUACAAAAAUUAGCCUGGUAUGGUGGCACACGCCUAUAAUCCCUGCUACUCCAGAGGCUGAGGAAUGAGAAUAGUUUGAACCUGGGAGGUGGAGGUGGCAGUGAAUCAAGAUCGCUUCACUGCACUCCAGCCUGGGCGACAGAGUGAGACUCCAUUUCAAGAAAGAAAGAAAUAAAUAAAAUAAGGCUGGGCGCGGUGGCUCACCCCUGUAAUCUCAGCACUUUGGGGGGCCGAGGCGGGCGGAUCAUGAGGUCAGGAGAUUGAGACCAUCCUGGCUAACACGGUGAAACCCCGUCUUUACUAAAAAUACAAAAAAUUAGCCGGGCGAGGUGGCGGGCUCCUGUAGUCCUAGCUACUCGGGAGGCUGAGGCAGGAGAAUGGCGUGAACCCCCGGGGGGCGGAGCCUGCAGUGAGCCGAGAUCAUGCCACUGCACUCCAGCCUGGGUGACAGCGAGACUCCAUCUCAAAAAAAAAUAAAAAUAAAAAAAUAAAAAUAAAAUAAAAGAGAACACUUAGGAACAUGCUAUAGAAAACUUAAAUUAUAGAUGUCAAAAAUUUAAUCUGUUAUUUGUUACUGGAAUAUGUUCAUUCUUGCACUUGGGACUAGACUUAGAGUAUUUUAGAAAUUGCAAACCAAAUAAUGAAGCUCCCAUGUAGAUUUGACUCAGAAAAACACAGAACACUGUGCGGAACACCAUCCCUUUUCUCACCUUAUACCGCUAUUCUGCCUCCUCCAUCCCUGGAAACAAGGCAACAGUCCUCUUUUGUGGUUACACAGUACCCUGCUUUAGACAUUCUAACUGCCUUCAUCCUCUCAAAACUAGAUAAUUUAGGUAAGACUUAAGAAGUUUCAGACUGCUGGCCGGACACGGUGGCUCACGCCUGUAAUCCCAGCACUUUGGGAGGCCAAGGUGGGUGGAUCACCUGAGGUUGGGAGUUUAAGACCAGCCUGACCAACAUGGAGAAACCCCGUCUCUACUGAAAAUACAAAAAUUAGCUGGGCGUAGGAAAUAUAUGUAUUUCCAUAAAGUAUUGAGUCUUCUGUUUAAUCACAUCAGUAGGAAUCUAAAAGCGAUUUUGGAUUUUUUUUUUUUUUUUUUGAGAUGGAGUCUUGUUCUGUCGCCCAGGCUGGUGUGCUGUGGUGCAAUCUCGGCUCACUGCAACCUCCGCCUCCCGGGUUCAAGCGAUUCUCCUGCCUCAGCCUCGUGAGUAGCUGGGACUACAGGUGUGUGCCAUCACGCCCAGCUAAUUUUUGUAUUUUUAGGUUUCACCAUGUUGGCCAGGAUGGUCUUGAUCUCUUGACCUCAUGAUCCGCCCGCCUUGGCCUCCCAAAGUGCUGGGAUUACAGACAUGAGCCACCGCAC